CCAAAUCUGUUGGGCUUCGAAAUCAAUAAAAGGCCCAUUUCCAUUCUCCAACGUAGAGAGCAACCUCGUCUGCUCUUCGGCCAUGGCGGAGAAGGGUCCGCCCUUACACAAGUUUGGUGAAUGGGAUGUGAACGACCCGGCAUCGGCCGAGGGAUUCACUGUUAUCUUCAACAAGGCCAGGAAUGAGAAGAAGGGCGGUGUCAAAACCGAUGACAAAGAUUCUCGCAACUACAAAACCACUGUUGUUCUUGGCAAGCCUCAAUCUAAACGAUGGCUUUGCUGUGUAAAAGCCGAUCAAGCUGAUUAAACCUGCACCAAGAAUCUGUUUGUAGAGGAGCAUUUGAGGCUAUUGAGCUUUGAGCCGUGACAAAUGGGCUUGACAGAAGAAUGUGAUGAAAUUGUUCGGUAUCCUUCGUUUAUCUAUUCUUCACCCUGAUUCAUCAUCGGUUUACUUCGCUCCAUAUUCUAUUAAUAAAAAUCUAUUUCAUUAA